CCAUUUUGGCAUUUCCUUAUUGACUUUCCCUUUCUCACUCACAUGUUCUUAAUUCUUAAAUCACAAUUUAACUAUUCUUCAAAUCCAUAAAUCCAAACAAAUAUCCAAUUCUUCACAUUUCAAUCCAAUUGAAUUGCAAGUCAAGCAAGACAUUUCGUUCGGUUUCUUUUCCAUCUUCCGAUCCGAUCCAGUAAGAUCCGGAUUUCUUGGUCAUGAGCUUUGAACAUUCCGGAACUCCCGCCGGUUCACCGUCGCCGGGGAGCACCGGAGGCAGGGGAAACAUAUCGUCGUCAUCGGCGUCCGGGACGAGUAAGGAGAAGCAAAAGGAGAAAGCAAGAGUGAGUAGGACGUCACUCAUAUUGUGGCACGCUCAUCAGAAUGAUCCAUCUGCUGUUCGUAAGCUUCUGGAGGAGGAUCAAUCCCUUGUUCAUGCUAGAGAUUACGACAGCCGCACUCCCCUUCAUGUUGCUUCGCUUCAUGGUUGGAUCGAUGUUGCCAAGUGUUUGAUUGAACAUGGUGCUGAUGUUAAUGCCCAAGAUCGCUGGAAGAACACUCCGCUAGCUGAUGCCGAAGGAGCUAAAAAGCAUGGCAUGAUUGAGCUGUUAAAAUCAUAUGGUGGCCUUUCCUAUGGCCAAAAUGGAAGCCAUUUUGAACCAAAGCCUGUUCCUCCUCCUCUGCCAAAUAAAUGUGACUGGGAAAUUGAUCCUUCUGAACUGGAUUUUUCAAACUCAGCUAUUAUAGGCAAGGGGUCCUUCGGGGAAAUUUUGAAGGCCUAUUGGCGUGGAACCCCUGUAGCUGUCAAACGUAUUCUUCCAUCACUUUCAGAUGAUAGACUUGUGAUUCAGGACUUUCGACAUGAGGUUAAUCUGUUGGUGAAGCUACGCCACCCUAACAUUGUCCAAUUUCUUGGAGCUGUCACUGAGAAGAAACCACUUAUGCUAAUCACUGAAUACUUGAGAGGGGGUGAUCUUCACCAGUACCUCAAGGACAAAGGUUCGCUCAGUCCUGCAACGGCCAUCAAUUUUGCGCUGGACAUUGCCCGGGGAAUGGCUUAUCUCCACAAUGAACCAAAUGUUAUAAUUCACCGUGAUCUAAAACCAAGGAACGUUCUUUUAGUGAAUUCUGGUGCGGACCAUCUAAAAGUUGGUGAUUUCGGUCUAAGCAAGCUCAUCAAGGUUCAAAAUUCACACGAUGUUUACAAAAUGACUGGCGAGACCGGGAGUUACCGUUAUAUGGCUCCUGAAGUUUUUAAACACAGAAAAUAUGACAAGAAGGUGGAUGUUUUUUCUUUUGCAAUGAUAUUAUACGAGAUGCUUGAGGGAGACCCUCCACUGGCAAAUUAUGAGCCAUAUGAAGCUGCUAAGUAUGUGGCUGAAGGUCACAGACCGAUGUUCCGUGCGAAAGGAUACCUUCCUGUUCUGAGAGAGUUGACAGAAGAAUGUUGGGCAUCUGAUAUGAACAAGAGACCUUCUUUCCUGGAAAUUCUCAAAAGACUUGAAAAGAUCAAGGAAAAUCUACCAACUGAUCAUCACUGGAAUUUGUUCAAUGCAUAACGUUAUAGUUUCACACGUGAAUGCAGUAUAGUAUAUUCCGUUCCCAACAUUCAACUUUCUUCUGCUCGAUUAUAUGCCCCUGAAGUUGCAAGUGUUCUCAACUAGCAUAGAUUGUUUAAGCAAAAAAAAAAAAAAAAAAGGAUUUUACAGCUUGCUUUCACUCUGCUCUGCUCAAAUGCUGAAUUUUGAUUGAAAAUUCUCAUUUUUUUUUCUCUUCAGUCUUCACCAUCUCGCUCUUGUAGUAUCAUCAUCCCAAAUCCCAGCCCCAUUUUCCAUGGAGGAAUCUCCUCCAGAAUGUGACCUUCUUGAAUGUCUCUUUAUAGGAUUGAAUUGUUUCUUCUCUCAUCUUUCAAUUGUAAUUUAGUUCUGGUAACGAAGAAAACACAAGCAUUAUAUGUGGUUCUACUUCCAUGGCUUCUCUGACUCUUUUCUUUUGGUGUAAAGAAUUGAUUAGUUUUUCAAGAGUGUGGCUGUUGGUAGAGUA